AGUGUUUAUAAUAGACCCCCGGAUCAAGAAAAUAACAUGAGUGAAUACAAAUCAUUUUGAAAAAGUGUUUGGAAUGGAGGAAAAUGUUUCUCUCAAAGCUUGUAUUUUUAAAAAUUUUUUUUUAGCCCCAAGAUUCUCUUUUGAACUUUUAUUUCAAGUGUAAAAAGCAAAAGGUUUAUGAACCAGAAAUGAGUGACGCGAAGCGGAAAACACUCUGUGACUUCUUUCCUAGAUCUGAUGUACCAACAAAGGGGAAAAGUCAUGACUGUGGACCAAGAAAUGCAAAUCCGAGGAACGUGAGCAGAAGUAAUUUAGGAAAGGAGCAUGUUGUCAAUGAAGAAACAGCUUAUCGUACUAUGGCAAAGUUUUUCUGUCAAUCCGGUACAUCUCCAAAGUCAGUAGAAGGCUUGCGCUUCAAAAAAUUAAUUGCCUAUCUUAAUCCAAAAUUUUGUCCUUCAUCUGCCAUUCUUUCACAUUAUUGCUUGGAAUUGUAUGAGGAAGAGAAAGCAAAAGUUAAUUUUUUUUUGAGAAGCUUGAAUGGACAAGUUAGCCUAUCAGUUGAGAGGCUAGUUUAUAACAAAUUCAAUGACCCUGGCUACUGUCAUACCUCAGAUUGUGAGGAAACUUAUUUUGAUUUCAUUUGCUUAAGAGUUCAUUUCAUUGAUGAUGACUGGAAGCUAAGAAGUUGGGUUGUUAGCUUUAGGUCUUUUGAUGCGUAUGAUGAUUAUGUAGGUGAGACAAUUCAGUGCCUUUCAGAUUUUGGUAUUGAAGAUAAGGUAUGUGCUGUCACUGUGCAUAGCUAUCUGGACUUUGAUGAGGUUAUUGAUGUCAUUAAAAGUAAACUUCAUGAAAAAAAGAGACUCCAGCUAGAUGGACAAUUGUUUCGUGUACCUUGUUGUGCAGACAUUUUCAGUUCAAUGGUGAAAAGAGCAUUUGGGAUGAUAGAGGGUUUAAUCAGUGACAUUCGUCUCAUAGUAUGUUGGGGCAAAUCACUACCAGUGUGGAAUGUGACAUUUCAUAAGCUACAGGAAGCAUUGGAGUUGGAGUCUAAAGGAGAAUACUUGAAAACAGAUGAUUAUAAGGGUUUUUAUAUACCUUCUCCCCAAGAGUGGGAGAAAGUUAGGGGAGUAUGUAAACUUGUAGGACAUGUCUAUACUGCAGCAGAAGUGUUAUUUAUGGCAAAAUGUCCCACUGCAGGCCUCUACUUCCACAAUCUUAAUAAGCUUCGAUUUGAUUUGAUGAAAGAUUCUGCGAGUUCAGAUGAAUUUACUAGAAAUUUAGCCAAUAGUAUGUUGGAAAAGUUUGACAAGUAUUGGAGGAACAUGUAUUUGGUGUUCGCUCUAGCUACUAUUAUGGAUCCACGCUACAAAGUGAAGUACCUAGAGUUCUGUUUCUUGAAGUAUAAAGGUAAUGAUCAUUCACUGCUACCAUCUAUCUUCGAGUCCAUCCGAAGCCUUCUCCAUGACUAUGUGAUGCACAAGUCCUCAAUGGAGUAUCCUAUCAGCAAUUCAGGUUCUGACGAUUCUGUUACGGGUGAAGAUCUCCUUGAACCGAUGGAAAUUCUUGAUGACCCUAGUUUUGGAUUUGACUGUUCAGAUGAGUUUAGCAAAUUCAUCCAAACAACUAGUCAGCCGCCAAAAUCAGAACUUGACUGCUAUCUGGAAGAACCUAUUGUACCUUGGACCAAGAACUUUGAUGUGUUGAGUUGGUGGAAAGCUGCUAGCCCCAGAUAUCCUGCCCUAUCAAAUUUAGCUCGUGAUCUUUUGUCAAGACAAUUGUCUCUUGUUACAGGCUAUGAUGCUUAUUUCACCAAUGUGUGUGAACCUGAUAGAAAUAUUACAUCCAUGGAGUCAGAUUUAGUGAAUGCCUUGAUGUCUACAAAAAGCUGGUUUGACAAACAGCUUCGUAAUUCCGAUGAAAGCUGAGGGAUCUGUGGUGCAGAAUAAUGGAGUUGAGAGUAACUUUCUUUUUUGCUGGAAGUUUGAGAUUCCAAGAAGCCAAUCAUCAGGAUCACUUCCUAUUUGAAACAGCCAGAAACUUUUAUGGUAAUUGGGAUGUAUAUAUAGUAGAAAUCUACCUAGUCUAUUGUGUUAUGUGGGAUGUUAGCUACUCAUAGUAUAUAUUAUUGUAGCUAGUUCUUUUGUCUGUCUACUCCUUCACCCGGAUAAGGUGCAUAGAAUCUUUUGUUUCUUCAAAUCCUGAGUGAGAAGUAUCAAUAUGGAGAAAAUCCUCGAGAAGUAUUCAGCAGAGGAUAAAAUCUUUUGUUUACCCCUCCCAGAGCUUCCAACUUUUUUGCUUCCUUGAUGACUCGAAUCCUGGAGGAUGCUUACUAUUUGAGCAACCCCCUCUCAUCAACAAAUGAUAAUUUGAAGGAUGAAUAUGAACCUAUCUUGCUUUGGUAUCUGAUUUAGGUUAA